GUGAAUUCAAGUUUAUUUUUUGUUUGCUCUUCUUUUGGGCUGUUUUUCCAUUUUCUUUAGCAUUACGUUUGUGCUUUUUUCUGUUUUGUCUUCAACAGAGACCGCUGGCCCGCUGUUGUUGCCGAAUGGUGCCGUGCAGGUUUGGUUGGUGCUGCUUUGCCGCUUUGCUGUUCUGCUAGUGCGGUGUUAUGCUGGGGCUGCGGCUGGUAUUAGGAUUACGUCGUGAAUUCCUUUCCUUUGUCGAAUGGUAUUUCUGUUCUGUUGGUUGCUCGGUGUGGUGAAUUUCUUAUUUUCUUCACCACCACCUCAUCCCGGAACGUCAUCCAAGAACCGCGCUAUUCCUCUUCUUCGACGUUUUGUUUUUCUUCUUUUUUGUGUCUGUUGUCCACACUUCGUCAUUCUGACUCUGUUGCUGUUCUGGAUCUGAAUCUGAAGCCGAACUGAAACUCAAAAACUGAACUGAUGGUUGGUGUUGUUGUGUGGUUGUGGUUUGAUUCAAUUGGUGGUUGCUUUUGAAUUUGCUUUUGCUUCGGCUGGCUCUGCUUCUGCUUCGGUUCUGCUGUUGCUGGUUGGCCUGGCGCUGCUGGUGCUGUGCUGGUGCAAAUGGAAUAUUCUUCGGGCCAUCGCGGUGCUGGCUGCUAAAUGCUAAAUUUUUCAUUUUCAGUCGUCUGAGAAUCGCCGACGAGUGUGGUGUGCAGUGUAGACAUUUAACUGUCAAACAAAAUAAAAGCUUUUUUCGCAAAGAAGUGUUAAACUUGAACAAAAACAAAAAUAAAAGACCACAUGACUGAGAGAGUUGCUCUGCUCGUUAUAUUAGAAAAAAAAGAGGUUUUUCGUCGGCAAAACAAAGUGUUGUUGAAUUUAUUUAUUUUCUAUGAAUAUUUUAUAAAUAGACGAGACAAAAACGAAGAAAAACAAAAAAACAAAGAGAGAAAGAGUGCGUUCGCACGUUGAAGAACCAUCGUUCAUUAAUUAUUUUUUUUUGUUUUCAAAGUGUUUCCUUGUGUUUUAUUUUUUUUUUCUUCGCUGCUUGGUAUUUUUUCCGCCUCCUUUUCGUCACCUAAUUUGGAAAUGUGAAAGAAAAUUUGUGUAAAAAAAAUUGUUUUAAUUAAUUUGAAAAUAAUUGAACCCAGAAAGAGAGAAAGCAAACAAAAAAUAAUAAAUAAAUACAAAAAUAAGAGAAGUGGUGUGUUUGACAAUUUGUCAUCAUCUUUGGCGUUUUAGCUUCUUGUCAUUGUCAUUUGCAAGUGGAAAUGGAAAUGCUGUGAAAUUAUUGUGUCAAAUUUUUUUUUCUCUCUUCUUAUCAGUGUAAAGUGUAACCUCACCCUAAAAUACCAACCUAGUGCAUUUCACAUGUUUGCACUUGAAAAAGUCUUCCAAAUCCAACUAUCCAACUGAUAAUCAUCAACAAAAUUUCAUGUUCUUGGAUUAUUUAAACAUUUUAAACCUAAAAAUUGAAUUCUUAUGGAUUUUUUAAGUAUUUCUUCUUCAAAACAAGAUAAGACGGAAAUACCUAAUUUUCUAUGUUGAGUUCUUAAAGAGUGACGUGAUAUGUAGACAAUUCUGACGGGAAAUACAUUUUUAUUCCUUUCAUUUUUGUUCCUUUUCUUAAUUCGUAAAGUUAAGACAAAAGUUCUUUAAAUUUAGUAAUUUGUGGUGAAAAAGUGCGUUUACUAUUAAUCAAUCUAAACAAAAAAAAUUCUUCCAAUAAAUGAAAGAGAAUAAAACAACUUGUUGAAUUCGAGCUUUUCAAUAAAAACUAAGUGGAAUUUGAAAAUAUUUUACAAAUAUACCUAAUUGAAUACAAACAAAAUAAUUUAAAAGAAUCAAAACGUUUAUUUUUUAAUAAAUUAAAUAAUUUACCUCAAAAAAUAUUAUUCUAUUGGAUUAUAACAAUUUUAACAAUUGAUGACCAUCACAACGAACAUUGGAAAUUUCAAAUAGAAGAAGAUUUCUUCUUCGUUUCUUCUUCUGAUGUUCUUAGCAAAAGAUCAACUUAAACAAAUUGAAUGUGUUUUUUAAACACUACAACCUUCACACAAAAUAAUCAAAAUGAAUUUUCUAUGACGUGCAGUUAAUUGAUAACUGAAUUAUCCUGAGUCUUCCUAAAACAAAACAAAACCUUUUCAAAAUACAACAAAAAAAAACAAAAAUAAAAUCCAAGACUGUUCUCAACGACCAUGGAUGUCCCAUCGAUGGUCCAGCGCUCAGGUGAUACACUAAUUGUCCGCAGUGUAGUUAGCGGCAAUCAAAUUUAUCUGGACCAAGAAACUGGCAACGUGGUCAAUAAUCCACCUCCAGCGUCUAUGUUCGCCACAAAUCAGCGACAACAGCAACAACAACAACAAUUAUCUCCACAGCAUCAGCAGCAACACAUUCAAGAAAAUGAUGCUCACAAUAACGCCGAACAUCUUAAAGAUGAAGGCCUCCCCCAAUGUAAGAUCAAACGUAACUAUUCGUGCAGCUAUUGCACGUAUUUUACCCAAAACCCACGUUUUCACCUUACACAUUUGCGCGAUGUUCAUGGCGAGAAAAUUGUCAUAAACAAGUGCAAGCUGUGCUUGUACGCCUCGCGACACUAUCAAAAGCUCGUGAGACACAUGAAGAUGGUUCAUGGUUCGACGGAAGGCAUUGCCGGCAAUCAUGGGCAAUCACGGAAGAGGAACAUAAAUCGGGAUGAAUCCCAGAAGCGCAAGAAUACAAACACCGAUGCCUACAUAGCUCGUAUAGAGAAGAAGCGUCUCGAGUUUGAGAAGAAAACAGCGGCCAAGCAAAAUAUGAUGAUCAAGCAACAUUUGGCGGCAGCGGCGCAGCAAGAACUCGAUGUGGAACGAGAGAUGCAAUAUCUGGCGCAACAGCAGGAGUCACAGCAGAUGUUUCCGUUUCCUAUUCCAAUUCCAAAAACAGAAUCCCCCACGCAGGUGGAUGAAGUGCCUGUGAGCCGCCUUUUGAAGUGCAGUCUCUGUGAGUUCACAACUCUGUAUAGAGCACAACUGGUCGAGCACGAGCAGGAAGAGCACUGCCGGACGCAUUUCUUCCGGUGCGAAAAGUGCACCUAUGUGACUCACAUAAAGGCGCGUUACAGCAAACACGUGAAAUACCAUUCAAUGCCGAUGAUCAAGUGUGUGACGUGUGACUUCCGGACGCCUUACAAAUGGAACCUGGACCGACAUAUGAAAAACCACGGUGGAGCUGGGCCAUUCAAGUGUGCGGCAUGUGAUUUCACAGCCGACAUCAAGCAAAGCCUUACAGUUCACGAGAUGAACCAUCAUGUGCCGCCAGUUGGCCACGCUCAUGGAAUGAGCUUGGCUCGCCGUCGCAACAAGGUCGGUGGAACAGACAUCUCCGAUGACUAUCUCAGCGAUCCCGGUGAUCCUGACGAUCAGUUCAACAAUAACAACAACAACAUUGAUGACUUCGAUGAGAGCUAUGCGAAAAAGUGCAAAUACGAGAUGCCCGACGAUGAUGACGACGACGAGGACGAAGAGCAACCAACCGAUUUGUCCCAGAAAGGUGGCGGUUCCGAUGCAGGGAGCCAACACAAUCAAAAGAAGUUAGUCCGACCAGUGCCAAAUCUAAUACCAAUCCAAUCGGCCAACAAUGCACUUAAUCUCUCCAAGGACCUCGCCACGUCGCGGAACUCCCUGAAAGACAUCGCAGCAUUGUACUUUGCUGAAAAUCAAAUUCCAGACAUCAUCAUGCAAAUGGACAAAGCCGAUGCAGCCCAAUUAUCGCCGUCAUCGAAUAAUUCGGCAGCAAGCAAACGAAAAGCUGCCAGUUCGUCUUUCUUUGACGAGCUGAAAAAAUCCUUCGACGACGAAUCCGCCCGUAAUGAGAAUCUCUCCUGCAGUUGUGGCCACAUCUCAAAGUGCCUCUCGGAAUCCAUAAUUCAUAAGAAAUCAUGCAGUUUCUCGGAUGAGGAAAAACAUUCCAGCAUAUCACCAAUUAAUCUCACAGUCAACUCUAAUGGUUCGUUGCGAUGUCAACACUGCCGCCAUCGAUGCAAAUCCAGUGUGGAUCUGUUGAAUCACCUGAAGAAUUGCUCAGAUGCUGGCCGUUGUCAAAAUGACUCCUUCGACUCGAUGUCAACGUCUGGUGGUAGCAGUGGCGGCCGACAGGAGCACGAUGACGAUGGUGCUGGUUCAGAGGACUUGAGUAAGCACCCGAUGGAGAAUCGUGUGUUUGUGUGGAAUAAGAUGCCUGAAAUGGGUGGUGGUGGAGCAGAUGGUGCUAAUGGAAGUGGCAGCAGCAAAAGCGAUGUCAAUGAUAAUUUAGAUGUUAAGAAUGUGAUGCUAAUGGGUGGUGGAAAUGGUGGAGGUGGUGGUGGAGGAAGCGGCGGUGGUGGAGGUGGCAGUGGUUCUGGUGGAAGCACUAGUGGUGGCAAAAACGAGGACAACAGCUAUUAUGGCGUAGAAACGGCGCCAGGUUAUGGUGAGGUAACCAAAAAGAUGACUCCCGAAGAAGAAGCCGCCAAUUCGUCCCUCAAAAAAGUCUACAAAUGUCCGCACUGUUCCUUUUGGGCAUCAACAGCAUCCCGCUUCCACGUCCAUAUUGUUGGUCAUUUGAAUAAAAAACCUUUCGAGUGUUCUUUGUGUGCCUAUCGUUCUAACUGGCGUUGGGACAUCACCAAACACAUUCGACUCAAGACCAUUCGUGAUCCAAGUCAUAAAAAUGCACGUGUGCUAAUGAACGACGAGACGGGACGUCGCAACUACACAAAGUACAAUAAAUACAUAACAUUGAUGAAAGUCACCGACGAAGAUGGUGAUCCAAAAUUGAUGAAGUCCGGUGAAAUGACACCGAAUCAAGUUGCUUCGUUAGCGUUCCUCAAUGAUUUCAAUAAAGCGGCAUCCGAGUCGGGUUUGCCAAAUGGCCUGAAGAGCAAUCAUUCGCAGGAGGGUGAUUCACCGCGAGACCAACAUAAGAAUGAAACUCCACCAGAUUCCGUUGUCGAUACAAACGGUUUUAUGCGUUUGCCUUAUUUAGCUUCGGCGAUGAUGAAUGCAGCCAUUGCCCAGCAAAAGGAACAACAGGAACAAGAUGUUAUUCCAGCUGCAGCGAUUGUUAAACGUAGCCCACCACCGUUAAUCAAACCCAGUGACGAUCUAAUAACAGAUGUCAAAACGGAAGGCUUUGUCAAGAAAACCUUCUACAAGUGCCGAAAGUGUCAAUUUAGACACGAUAAUCGUGAUGCAGUAUUGGCGCAUGUUAAAGUCCAUUAUCAAGAACCCCUGAUGUGCUUCCCAUCUCCAUCCAAGUCCAAUCACAGCACACCCCUUCAGGUAGCUGUCAAUCCGACGAAUCUUUACAUGAAUAAGGUUCUAGCAGCCGCCAUGUGCCUUUCACAGAAACAACAAUUGCUGCAAGAGCAGCAUCACCAACAGCAACAACACCAACAACAGAAGUCACCGAAUAGCAGCAGCAGUCAUAGCAAUAAUCAACAUUCCAUUCUAUCACCAGGUGGUGCUAGUGGUCUUCAUCACACCAUCUCUCCAAAGGCUUUGGCUGCUAUCCAAGCCGCAGGUACCACCAUCGAGCAUGGUGAAUUGAUCGAUGAGCGUCAUUGUCGCCUAAAACACUCCGGUGACAUUCGAAUUGAGUCCCUUGAUCGCACUUGCGAUGCUCCAGUCUAUCGUCCACUUGGAUUGGGUGGAAAUGGACAAUCAUGUCAUGUCCUUGGUCCAUCAGCAGAUAAUUACAUCCUUGGAGCAAUGAAGGCAAAUCAUCAACAACAACAGCAGCAACAAGCUCACAACAUCAACAACAACAAUAACAAUAAUGUACUUAGCAAAGAUGAACAUUAUCCACAGUCUGAUUCGCCUUUAUAUUCAUCGCAUUCGGAUGCGUCAAAAUACAGACCUGAAAUUCCCUUGAAUCGCAUUGAAAUCACUCGAAUACCUUUGGAAGGCAAUACUUCAGCAGCUUUUAUUAAUAACAAUAAUAAUAAUUCAACGUCGUCGUCGAAUAAGUGUAAACAACAAAAGUGUCCUUCAUGUCCAUACAUUUCGGAGAGCAAAUCCCAAAUGAACUAUCACAUAUCCCUGCAUAAGCCAACGCAAUACGAGUGCAAUUUGUGUUCAUACAUCUGCACAAAGAAGCAACAUCUGAGCAAUCAUGUGAAGGCGAUGCACGAGAGUGGCGGUCUCUUCAUUCAGGAUGCUCCGGCUGCUAUAGAUCUCCGAUCAAAGCACUCGAAUGGCAGCGAUGAGGAGGAAAUGGUGUCUAAGGUCAUCUCGUAUUGUUCCAAAUGCCCGAAGAGGUUUGUCAAUAACAUAAAUGACCUGCUGCAACAUAUGCGGGCACAUGGUGCCAAUUUGGACUUCAAGUGCGAAGCUUGUGACUAUUCGACGAAGCAGGAAAAUAUACUUUUGUCGCAUUCAUUUGUCCAUACGAGCACGUAUCAGGAGAAGACCGAGCACAUUGCCGCUAGUGCUAAGGAGGAUACCGACUAUCCGGCGAGGAAGAUGCAACAGAUGAAAUUGCCCAAAACAGGGGAAACUGUCUGGGUGGUGGCUGACAUCAAGGAAGAGACAUCCUCUUUCGAUGGAGAUGGUUCGCUGCUGAAGAAGCAGCUUGAAACGGGAUCGAUCAAGGAAUCAGUUUCACAUGCCACUUCUACUUCGCCCAGUUCGAGUUUGGUUAGUGAGACCGGUGAACCGGAGAAAUGUUCCCAUUGCCCCUUCCAGACCACCUGCAGUGACACAUUCAAGCGCCAUCUGCAGAAUCACAUUUGUAUAUCCAACCAGCCCGACAAAUACACCUGCGAACAUUGUGACUUCAGCAUCAACUCCGAGGCCUUCCUCGCCGAACACACUCGAAUUCAUUUCGAAGGAAUCGGAAGUCGCAAGGCUGUGAACUUCUUCACAUCUCUGGACAAUCUCGAAUUGAUUGUCACGAGCGAUGAUGAUUCAAAGAAGGGAACACCACAUAAGCCAAUUCAAUUCAACUGUGAUUUUAAGAACCCACAAAACGCUGAAAAAUCAUCAUCAUCAUCCUCAUCGUCCUCAUUGGAAAAGGACAAUGCGACGUCAAAUCUACGUCGUAGCAGCCGUUCAAGUGCGCACAAUGGUGAGGAGAAAAUAACAUCCCAAGCGCCACCAUUACCGCCACCGUUACCGUUACCGCCAAGCCAUAAAACUAUAUUAGUAAAUCCCAAAACUGGUCAGGUCAUCAGGAGGAAUUAGUGUUUGUCAUUUUUUCUUUUUUAAUUUUAAAUUUUUAAUUAUUUUAUUUUUUGUUUCUUUAAGUUUUUGGAUUAUUAUAUAAAAAUAUAUUUUUGUUUUUAAGUUAAAUUUAAGAAAUAAUGAACACGAAAAAGGGCUAGAAAAAUUUUUAAAAUAACAAAUUUUAUUCUCAAAGCCUGUGAUCAUUUAUUUAAAAAAGAAAAAUUAAAAUGUAUAUCUAAAUGUUACGUUGUUAUAUUUUUAUGUUUUGUUUGUUAAAUAAAAUUUCAUAAAAUUAAUAUAAUUUUGUAUGAAUUUGUUUUUUGUUUAUUUGUUUUUAGAUAAAACAAAAUAAAAUUCAAACAAACUAAAAAGUCUAGUUAAUAGUCUGUUUAAUAUAUAAAUAAAUAUAUAUAAUAUAGAUUAAUAUUUUCAAAACAAAAUUAUAUAUAUAUACAUACAUAUAUAUGUAUAUACAAUUAUAUACAUACCUUACACUUUGUGGAAUAGCGGGGCCAUAUUUAUAUAAACAAAUGAAAAAAAAAUCUAGAUAAUUAAAUAUUAAAUGUAAUAUUUAAAUAAGUAUUUUAGUUAUUUUUAUUGUUUUUAUUAUUAAACAAUAUUUUUUUUCUUAUGUUUUAAAUAAAAUAAAACAAAGAAAAAAAUGUGACUAACAUUCAAAUUAAAAUUUUGUGUAUAUUAUAUUUUUUGUGUAUUAUUUUUAAGCGUUAAAUAUGUAUCACAUAAUAUUGAUUUAAUAUUUUUGUUAUUAACUUUUUGUUUAAGGAAAUCAUUUUUGUUUUCUUAAUUAUUUUGUUUAAAUGGAUUUUUUUCGUCACCUUGUUACUAAUCAGGAAAAAGCACCAAAUUUAAGUUUUUUGUAAUAUUAUUAAGUUUAUUUUGUGUAGAAAUAAACAUAUUUAAGUAAAGUAGAUUUUAUACAACACUAUAAAAGCAUUUGCAACAAAAAUGUGUUUGAAAGAUUUAAAAGCAAGUCCAAGGAUCAAAGUGACAAUUAUCAAGCAUUAGUCUUUUCUUGUCAUCUUUGGACUCUUUUCGAAAAUCUUUAACGGAUGAAAGAUUGUUUGAUUUUAUGGUGCAUCAUUUUCCCUUUCUUUCUAACAACAUUCUCAUUCGGUCUUACGUUGGGCGCCAUUUAGUCUUGAUAUCAAUGUCCUUGAUUCCUUAUUUCUCAUUGGGAUCUAAAACUAAUUUCAUGAGAAUGCUCAUUUUUCUCUCAUCUCUCUUGCAUGCCCAGAAUUCAAUUAAAGCUUAUUUUUACAAUAGGAACGCUUUGGGUCACUUUUUGGUCAUUAAAGAGACAAACAUUUUAUUUUUUUGUUCCAAAGACCAUCAUUUUUCUAAACGUAUACCAACUUAAAUUUUAAUCAAAAUACAUUUCUUUAAUCAAAGAUGUUGGUUGAAAAAAAAGUUAAGUUCACGUUGGGCGCCAUUUCAAAAAUUUAAAUUUCAUUACAAAAUUAAUGAGUUGUUUAUAUACUUUUUAGGUUGACACAGAUGCACAAGAUUAGAAUAAAUAUAUAUUUUUUAAAAAUACUUCAGCAGAAAAAUGAAAACUUCUUUUAAUUAAUUUAUUUAUUUAAAAAGUUUUGUUUUAAAUAACUUUAGGUGUUAAUCAAUUUGUUUUUCUUAAGGUAUUUGGUGCAGCAUUUUCUUUUUUGUCUUAUUAUUCUAGUAUAAGUUCUUUUGUUUUUAUAAAAUUAAAAUUACUUAUUCUUAUAUUUAGAAAAUUAAUUCAUUUAGACAAAUAUUAUAAAAAAAAAUACAAUGUACUAAAAUUACUAAGUUAUAAAAAAUUUACAACAAAAAACAAUAAACGGUUCUAAAUUUAAAUGGAAUGAUAACAAAAUAAACAAAAUGCAAAUAUAAGUAAAAAUUAUAAAAAUCAACAAAAACAAAAAUAUUUUUUAAUUAGUUAGAAAAUUGUCAAAGAAAAAUACAACAACAAACAAUACAAAAAUGAAAUAAAAUAAGAAAAAUAAGAAAAAUAACAGAAAAUCAAAACUGAAAAAAUAUAAUUUAUAUACAAUAAAAAUAUAAAUAUAUAUAUAUUAUACAAAAAAUAUAUAUACACCAUACAUACAUAAAUUCUACAGACAUUCGAAUAUAUACAUUUAAACUAUUUUUAAACAAAAUCUUAAAUUAAAAGAAAAAAUACAAAAACAAAAACAAAACAAACUUUAUUACAUAAAUUAAUAAAAACAAAAUAUAAUAUUAAAUAUAUAUAUACCUACUAAAAAUUAAACAAAAUAGAUUUUAAGUGAAUGAUACAUGAAUGUAAGGGAAAAUCUCAUUUCAUUUUGAUAAGAAAAUAUAAUAAAACAAAAAAAACAGAAACAAUAGAUAUAUAUAUAUAUAUUAUAUAUUAACAUUUAAUUAAAUUAGAUAUUUUUACCAAAGCAUUAAAUGCCAAAUAUUUGUUAAACAUCAAAAGUUGAUAGUGAAACAAAAACAAAAAAAUAAAAAUUUAUUAAUAUGUACAUUUUUUCUAUGUGAAUAUUUCGUGUAGACACGAAAUUUGAGCAUAAUAUGCAAAAUAAAAAAAACAAAAA